AUGGCAACUACCUUGACGACUCUUACCACGAUUGUCACCACCGUUCCUGCCACUACUGAAACUCAAAGUGUUAUAACUACUAUAGUUCCCACUGCAACUGUUACAGUUACAUCAUUUACCUCGUUGUCGUCAACCACCCGAUACGAGACGAUCACUGAAACCACUACAUCUCCAACCACCACCGAAACCUCAACUACUACUUCAACAACCCAGACUUCUGCCAUUCCAUCUCCAACUCCUACCGGUGCCGCUGUUCCAUUGCAUUCCAUAGCCGUUUUGAAGAUUAUGAGCGGAUGUUUGGCAGCUAUUGCUGCAGGAUUCUUCUUGUUGGGAUGA